UUCAUUGACAGAAAAAUGGCGAAAAGGUGUCGGAAAGCGUCUGGAAUCGAUUAAUACCAAGCAACCGUGAUAAAUCCAAGUGAAGAGGUUAUAUCGAUUCCGGCACGUUCAACUAAAAUAAUCGAUCUAUUUUCGAUUGGUCUCGAGCAGUAAUGUUCGAUGUUGUGAAUAAUCGAUACAAUAACAUCGAGGUUUACCAGGGGCUGGUGAUUUUACUCUUGGGGGGUUAUGAAUAUUCAUUUUUUUGGGCUCAUUGCGGUUUGUUUAUCAAUUUAUGAAGGUUACUCGACCGAUUGAGAAGUCCUGGGGGAACAUAACCUGUGGAGUGUGGGGAAGGUGUGGAGGUCCAAAGCUAUCGAUGGGCCUGAGAAUUCCGGAAAAUCGUCGCUUUUACUGACAAGUUUUUUGGAGAUUUGGGACUAGUUUUCGGAGAUUUUGAGGUGACAUGGCGAACACUGGGGUCCUACCUUUUGUCAGGGGGGUAGACUUCAGCUGCAAUGACUUUGGAGAGAAUAAGUUCCCACCGUCCGUACGGUUGAUGACAGGGAUACAAUGGUUGAAACUAAAUAGAACGAAUUUAUCGGAGAUACCGGAGGAGAUGGGGAAACUAUUGAAAUUGGAGCACCUGUCCCUCGUGAAGAACAACCUGGAGCGUCUCUACGGGGAGUUAACCGAGCUCAAUUGCCUGCGCACCCUCAACAUCCGCCACAACAACGUGAAGACGUCAGGAAUCCCAGCUGAGCUGUUCCACCUGGAAGAACUGACCACCCUGGACCUCUCGCACAACAAUCUGAAAGAGAUUCCAGAGGGACUGGAGCGCGCCCGUUCCCUCCUCAACCUCAACCUGAGUCACAAUCAUAUAGAGACGAUUCCCAACACCCUCUUCAUCCACUUGACAGACCUCCUCUUCUUGGACAUAAGUAACAAUCAGUUAGAGACACUUCCACCCCAGACAAGACGACUGGCAAAUCUACAAACAUUGAACCUUAAUCACAAUCCCCUGGGUCACUUUCAGCUUCGCCAGUUGCCCUCCCUGAUGAACCUAACUACCCUCUCCAUGAGGGACACCCAGCGUACCCUAAAUAACAUCCCCUCCUCCCUGGAGAGCCUGACGAAUCUCCAAGAGCUUGAUUUAUCCCAAAAUGCACUUCCACGAGUUCCGGACGCCCUCUACUCCCUUCCCAACUUGAAGAGGCUAAACCUGUCUGACAACGAGAUCACUGAAAUAUCGACAGCCCUCGAGCUCUGGCAGAAGCUGGAGACUCUGAACCUCUGCAGAAAUCGUCUGACAGCUUUGCCUUCCUCCAUCUGCAAAAUUCUGACACUCAGGAGGCUCUACGUUAACGACAAUCAACUCGACUUCGAGGGAAUUCCAUCGGGAAUUGGAAAACUCUCAGCACUGGAGAUAUUCUCCGCUGCCAAGAACCACCUGGAGAUGAUUCCCGAGGGCCUCUGCAGGUGUGGCUCGCUGAAGAAGCUAAUUCUCUCAUCGAAUCGACUGAUAACUGUUCCUGAUGCCAUUCAUCUGCUCACCGAUCUCGAACAACUGGAUUUGAGGGACAAUCCGAACUUAGUGAUGCCACCGAAACCCACUGAGGUUCAGCGGGGUGCGGGUAUUGAAUUCUAUAACAUAGAUUUUUCACUUCAGCAUCAGCUGCGACUCGCUGGAGCUAAUGUACCGGCUCCAGCGCAGACUGUCAACAGUUCGAAGGAUCCCAUUGCCAGGAAGAUGAGGCUCAGGAGAAGGCGGGAUCAGGAAGAGGCUGAUCAGGAUCAGGCGAAGAUUCUGAGGGGGAUGAAGGACAUUGCAGGUGAAAAAAACAAAGACAAGGACGAAGACGACAUAAAAACCGAGUCCCUAAAGCCAAAACGCUGGGACGAGAGCCUCGAGAAGCCACCCCUGGACUACUCCGAGAUCUUCGAUGAGGACGCAGGUCAGGUGCCGGGGCUCUCUGUCUGGGAGAUUGAGAAUUUCCUUCCAAAUCAAAUCGAGGAAGUUGCCCACGGCAAGUUCUACGAAGGUGACUGCUACAUAAUCCUGAAGACAAGCCUAGACGAGGCUGGGGCCCUCAUCUGGGCAAUUUACUUCUGGAUCGGCGAGAAGGCGACCCUGGACAAGCGCGCUUGUGCAGCCAUUCACGCCGUCAAUCUGCGCAACUUCCUUGGAGCCCAGUGCCGAACAAUCAGAGAGGAGCAGGGUGACGAGAGUGAUGAAUUCCUCAUGCUCUUCGACUCGGAUAUAACCUACAUCGAGGGCGGUCGGACAUCAUCCGGUUUUUACACAGUCGAAGAUAGUCCAUCAAUCGCUAGACUUUAUCGAGUCCAUGCAGCUGGUGCCUCUAUUCACCUGGAGCCAGUGCUCUUCACCGCCGCCAGCCUCGAUCCAGGCUACGUUUUCGUCCUGGACGUGGGGGCCAGGAUCUUUAUGUGGUACGGUAAAAAUGCGAAGAACACGUUGAAGUCGAAAUCUCGACUGCUCGCGGAGAAGAUCAACAAGAACGAAAGGAAAAAUAAAGCGGAAAUUAUGAUGGAGACAAUGGGAAGUGAGUCUGAGGAAUUUUGGAAGGCACUUGGAGGCGAUCAACCAGACGUCAUCGAAGAGCACGUGGACAGGGACUUCAUUCCUGUGAUCCCCAGACUGUACCAGGUCAGAUUGGGCAUGGGUUACCUGGAGCUGCCCCAGGUGGAGGUACCCCAUGGAAAAUUGUCCAACAGUCUGUUGAACAACAGAAAUGUCUACAUCCUGGAUUGUUAUUUGGAUGUAUUCGUAUGGUUUGGAAAGAAGUCAACGAGGCUUGUCAGGGCUGCUGCUGUUAAAUUGUCUCAGGAACUCUUCAAUAUGAUUGAUCGACCUGACUUUGCUAUGGUGACACGACUCCAGGAAGGGACUGAGUCGCAGAUAUUCAAGUCCAAGUUCACUGGAUGGGACGAAGUGAUCGCUGUGGAUUUCACGAGAACAGCUGAGUCGGUUGCCAAAACUGGAGCUGAUUUGACCAAGUGGGCCAAGCAGCAGGACACCAAGGCUGAUCUUGCUGCACUCUUCAUGCCCAGACAGCCGCAAAUGUCUAAUGCUGAGGCGCAACAGCUGAUGAACGAGUGGAGCGAUGAUCUUGAGGUUAUGGAGGCAUUUGUCCUCGAGAAGAGGAAGUUCGUAAGACUACCGGAGGAGGAGCUGGGGCAUUUCUACAGCGAGGAUUGUUAUGUGUUCUUAUGCAGGUACUGGAUACCUCUCGAUGUGGAAAACGAAGAUGGUGAGGAGCAGCAGUACGAGGACGACUUUCAGUGUAUCGUGUACUUCUGGCAAGGUCGAGAUGCCGGUAACAUGGGCUGGCUGACCUUUACAUUUUCCAUGCAAAAAAAAUUUAAAACCCUCUUUGGUGAGAAGCUUGAAGUGGUCAGGACCCACCAGCAACAGGAGAAUCUGAAAUUCAUGGCGCACUUCAAGCGAAAAUUCAUCAUUCAUCAUGGAAAGCGAAAAGGAAAGGCCCCAGGUUCAACACCCGUCGAGUUCUUCCACCUCAGGAGUAAUGGCAGUGCUCUCUGCACAAGGUUAAUUCAGAUCCAGCCUGAUGCUAGUCUUCUCAACUCUUCCUUCUGCUAUAUCCUGAAUGUUCCUUUCAACAACGACGAAGAGACGGGAAUUGUUUAUGUCUGGCUUGGAUCCAAGUCGGAUCCCGAGGAGCAGAGGCUCAUUCAGGAUAUCGCCGAGGAGAUGUUCAAUACACCCUGGAUAAGUCUUCAGGUGCUCAACGAGGGCGAAGAACCCGACAACUUCUUCUGGGUGGGGCUUGGAGGAAAGAAGAACUACGAGACUGAUGCUGAAUUCAUGAAGUAUACGAGACUCUUCAGGUGCUCCAAUGAAAAAGGCUAUUUUGUCAUCAGUGAAAAGUGCACUGACUUCUGUCAGGAUGAUCUCGCUGAUGAUGACAUCAUGAUCCUUGAUAAUGGAGAGCAGGUGUUCCUGUGGCUGGGGACUAGGUGUUCUGAGGUCGAAAUUAAACUUGCAUACAAGUCAGCUCAGGUUUAUAUUCAACAUCUCAGGGUCAAACAGCCGGAAAAACCCAGGAAACUAUUUCUCACUGCUAAGGGGAAGGAGAGCAGAAGGUUCACCAAGUGUUUUCAUGGCUGGGGCAUGCAUAAGAAACCACCAGAGUGAGGCGUAUUGUCUUCCAGGGGUAUGGGGGGUGAAAUGUGAUGAGGGGAUUUUUAGUUUAGAUUUUCAAAACUUAUGGUUUUGGGGGAACGUAAAGAAAGAAUCUUUGGGAUUUUUUGAGAGGAUUGAUUGUUAUUGAGGGAAAAUUGCUGAAAUUAGGGCACAAUUUAGAGUUGUGAAUUUUCAGGAGAAGGGGGUGGCUGGAAUUUUUUUUUUGAAGCGAUGACAUAAAUUUGGGGCCAUUUGGAGAGAAUUGAUCAUUUCAAUUAGUGUUCAAAGAUGCAAGAUGAUCGACAGUUAUCACGCAUUUAUAAAUAUUUCUCAGAAUAAUUUAUCAUUUUUUACGUCGAAUUAAUUAUGCAAACGUUGUGGCGACGGGGAAAUUCAAUUUUAAUGAAUAUCGGUUUUAACUGCUUCCUUUUAAAUUGCUCACUUAAUAUGCAGCAUGUUGUUGAAGAAAAUCACAUGUCUUCGGGGUUUAGCCACUUCCUCUCUGAUUGUCGUUGAAUUCUUCAAUUUUCUCCACUUGAUUUAUCAAUUAUGAACCAUAACUAAUUAAAUUCAGUCGAACACAUGACCGUGCACACGUUCAAGAGCAUAAAGUCAAAAAUUAACAAGCAUUAACUAUUUAUUUACAUAUCUCUGAUUAUUAUUUAUUUAUCAUUUUUAAUAGAAGAAUCGUACAUAUGUAAAAUAAUAAAAAUAAUUGUUUAUUAAAUAAAUACGAAAUUUAACUAG